AUGGGGGCGGUUGAGCUUCUUCGAAUGAGCCUGCGCAAGUGCAGGCUGCGGUCGGUGUGUCGUCGGUGGUUAAAGGAGCAUUUUCUGGCGAUGUCCGUGUGGGUAGCGCAGUGGGCCAAGCUGUGUAUCUCGUGCUCGAUGUUGCUGACGCUGCUGCUGGGGUAUCCUGCGCUGGGGACGAAUCGCGGGGCGCACUGCGCCUCAGGCGGGUACCUGUCUGCGGUCGGGCAGGAGCGGGAGCACCCGGCUUCGAGUGCCAACUCCACGUUUGCCCAGUUCCUGUUCCGGGCGAACGACAACUCCAACGUGCUGUCGAAGGGGUUCCUUGUCGAGACACUGGCGUUCCAGCAGCGCCUCCUGCAGGAUGCGGACUCCGCGCCUUCGUUCUCGAAGCACUCGAUAUUUGGCCUGUGGGGCGAUGACAUGGAGAAACUGCAGCUCGACGAGGAACCCGUGUACACCGUGAACCAGCAUUGGAACGAGAUGCCCCAGAGCCUGCUGCAAGGGGUGAUGCAUGUUAAUAGCUAUAUCUCAUCUGCACAGAGCCUCAGCCUGAUGCUGCUGAUGCAGGGGGGCAAUCCCGACCGCCGCGCACUUCUGGAUAGAAACAUAAAAGCCUUGAAAUCCGUUUCGAAUCUGACCAAGUUCUAUCUGUUUGACGACGCCCCGGCGACUGUUGCGAGCGGGCCUGGCGACGCGAACCGGCUGCUCCUGCGAUUUACGUUAGUGCCGCUUACAUGGCUCGAUUACUGCUGGAUUGCUUUGGCAUAUAUCGCGAUCUUCGCUUAUCUUAUUUAUGCGAUCAUGCUAUAUCCGAUAACCAAGACGCGGAUUAGCCUUUUCAUGGCAGUGCUCUGCCAGUAUUCCCUUGUACUUGCGUCGUCCAAAACUUUAGCUUGCUUUCUGAAUCAGAAGGCCACGGAGAACACACCCUGGAUGCUUCUUUACAUCCCUGUGUUAAUCGUAUUCUGCUCGAACACCGUUGACCUUCUGUUUUCUUCCCUUGGGACUAAAUGCACGCUACCACCCGCGUUCAAAUUGCGCAAGAAACGUUUGCAAGCUCACAAGCUUACCGAGAAUAAAGAAUCCGUCAACCAAAAGAACUUUUUCGAGAGUGUCGCUGAUUCGCACACUAAAUCCUUUUUUACAUUGGUCAUAUGUGUUCUAAUGAUUUAUAUGUUUUUCCCCUUCAGUCGAAAGACUUCAUGUUUCAUCAGCAUCGCCCUGUUUACCAACUAUCUGCUAAAUCUUCUAUCAUUGUCAGCGAUUUUAAGCAUCGAACAGCGACGGUUGACCUUGCGCAACAAUCUUUUUGCGAAAGAAAACGACGGUAUACUUGAUGUAUCUUUGGAUGACGGAUAUGUGAAGGUGAAUUUUGCAAGAUGGUGGUCCCAUAUUAUUGAAAACAACCGGGUUGCGGGAGCGCUGUGGUUCUCAAAGUCUGCAGUGUUACUUGCAGUGUAUUUCAUGUUAUUCAAUUGGCGCUUUAGUGAUAUUCGCUCUUCGACUUCCAUCUGCGAUAUGUUCAAGGCCAAAACUUCAAUACUAAAUGGUGUUAAUCCAUUCUAUCCAGGGUUCCUAAUUGAUGAAGCGUAUGUUGCGAGAGAGAUUAUGCGUUCAUUGGCACACACCGGUGCACGAAAUUCCGAGAAGAUAUUAUACACCCUUGCCAUUGAACGGCCUAUAUUUGUAGUUAAAGAUGUCAUUGGAAAUUUUACGCAUGACGAUUUCUACGCUAUCUUACAAUCCUUCAACUCCUCAAUGAUCUUCUCAUACAAGUUUGAUGGUUAUUACUUUCUGGAACUAUUCCUCAGUUUACUAUUAAUUGGCUCGUUUUCCUUGUUUUUAUUACAACUAAUGUCGCAAAGUAUAGAAAGCGAGUCAACGCUAAGCUACGGGUAUUCAGAACUCGAGACGACAAAGGGUACUAGAGGGUCUGUUGGGCUGCUAGCUAAUGCAAUUCCGGGAGCGGACGAUGAUGUAGAGGGCGCUGACAUUUUCCAUGCAAAGGAGUUGGCGCAAUAUGGCCAUAUACUUGAUAUCACAUAUAUCGCUACCUCUGCUUCUCCAUUCAUUGUCUCAAUUGGGAUGGACCACAAGGUAUUUGUGUGGUCGCCUGCUGCAAAACCUUUACCUAAACCAUUACCUUUGCCGCUUGAUCGCAGUUUCAGAUAUAUCUCACAUGCUUCUAUUUCAAACAGUGGCCUUUAUAUUGCCAUAUUUAACAAUUUUGGAAAGGUCACUUGUUGGUCCAGGUGUCGGAUGGAUUUCAUAUGGACUAUAGAUCUCCGGGAACCUGUUGUCACUCUAGAAGCCUUUUUUAGGAGUCGAACUAUGCCUACUAUGAUGCGAAAAAGAAUGAUGCGUGGCUCUACUGAAGUUCGCACACCGACAUCGAACUACAACACAGCUAAUAACUCAACUUCUCGCGCUCCAGUUAGCCGACGUAAUAGCAUUAGGUCAAUUACAUCGAUAGGGACUGGAAGCGCAGCAGCUGUUGACUCUAGUUACGAGAACCCAACUACCUUUUUCAGCAGCGAGGAACUGUAUGGUGAAGAUGAAUUCGUUUUCGUAACUACUACUGGUAAGAUGUACAUGGUGGAUAUCGAAGGGCACAUGACAAUAGAGCAACUGACUGAUGGAUUGACCCCCGUUAAAUCAUGUAAAGAGUUGCAAUCACCUAGGGUUAAUGAUAGAUUGGUCUUAUGCGAUACUGGUGGCAAGAUUUACGUUUCAACUGUUGUGAACAAUGCAUGGCGUACCAAGGUUCUCACCAUCAAAUCUAGCUUCUCCUAUACCAAUGCACCACAGGGUCAGAAACAGGAACCAGAAGGACAACAUCAAUCCAUACUUGCAUCGGGCAAUGCUUUAUCUGGAUACGCCAAUAAUUUGGGUGACUCUGAUAAUACCCUUUUACUUGUUCCAUUUAUCGGCUUUAUAGGCCGAACACAAGGAAGCUAUAUUGAGUUAGUUGAUGCGCAAACAGGCACUUUUAUACGUCACUUCAAAAUUGGUAAUUUCAAACCAUCUAGCAUCAAGAUAUUUCAUGAUCAGCCAACUCAUUGCAAGUUCUGUGGAAGUGCUUCUGUGGCUUUUUUUGCAAUUGCGUAUACUGACAAAGAGAGCAGUGAUUUUGUCAUGCAUGUAUAUCAAUUGGAGAGCAGGACAAAAAACAGCAUUUGCCUACGUGUUGAACGUGAUCCAAGGGAGAUCCGUUGUCUAGGUCUGGAAUCCGUUACUGAGAAGGUACAUUAUGUUCCGGAUGUCGAGGAUUGGGAUGUAGCUGACAAUAAUGCAGUAUUGGGAAUCAGGCGCAAACCGGAGGCAAUAGAACGUUUUUCCGCAGGCUCUACGUCUUUGUGUAGAUCACGUUUGGAAGUUUGCUCGAGGAAAAACACGUACCAACGCGGUACUAAGACGGCCGGGUCAAAAGCUCAACCUGGUAGUUCAUUCAGUAUCCACAAUAUAUGGGAAGGAUGGACCAUUACUCCAAGUGGGCAGGUUGCAUAUUACGAGAUACCGAUGGGUACAAAUGGCCUUAUUGUCAAUAAAAUUGGUACCUUGAAGAAGUUUGGUAAUAAAUCCAUUGUCGUGGCAUUCGGUAACAUUAUGAAGAUGUUUUAUCUCGGAAAAGAGGAGCUGAUCUUUCCAGUUGAUGGCGUCAGCUCUAGUGAAGAGGAAACCGGGUUAAAGUUUGUUAAUAAGCGAAGAGAUAGACUUAAUCGCAAAGUAUUCAUUUCCCCAAAUUAUAAUAGAAUCGAUGCUAUCAAGUUGGAACAUUAG